AUGAGUGAAGUAAAACGAGGCAUGCUUAAAUUUUAUCAUCGAGGUUUAUUACAUAAAAAAUGGAAGGCAUAUAAAUUUGUACUCUAUGAUUCGAGUUUACUUACAUGGUAUGCUGAUAUUAAACAUAAGAAACCUGAUGGAAUGGUUUUACUGAAAGAUGUUGAACGAUUUAUUUGUGUUGGUCCAUAUACUAGAUGUUUACCUGAUUUUCCUCAUCUUGACAAUGAAUAUGAUCAAGUGGCACUUAUCGCUUUUCCAAUGUCUAUAAAAGAUCGUGAUCGAGAUAUUAUAUGGCUUUUAUGUGAAGAUAUAGAUGAUUUAAAUUCAUGGAUGAAAUCUAUUGUUUUAACAUUACCAUCACAUGAACUACAUAUGGAUAAAAUGGCUAAGAUUUCUUCACCAUCAGUUGACGAGAAUGAUUCCAUAAGUUCAGAAAUUAGUUCACCUCAAAUGAAUAGUCCCGAACCACUCGUAUUUAGACCAAGUGGAAUUGGAAUUCCAUUAGCAGCUGGUCUUAUUGGAACUAAUUUACAACGUCAUGCUAUGAAUUCGAAACCAAAUCCAUUACAAAAAGCUGGUUAUGAUUAUGGUGAUACAUUAUGGGGAACUGGUGAAGGUUGGGGGCACUUUACAUCAUGCGAUAUACCUGGAUAUGCUGGAAUUGGUGGUAGUGGUUGUUAUUCGAAUCAUAUUGAUUUAAUUCGUAAUGAAGAUGAUGAAAUGAAACUUAAAGAUGUUGAAGAACGUAUUGGUUAUACAGCUGAUGCUGAAGAAGCUGUUGAAGAAGCAACUUAUGAAUUAUCAAAACACAAAUAUGAAAAAGACGAAGAAGAAGGAUCAGAUUAUCAUGAUGAUCAUGAUGAUGAAAGUGAUGAUGAAAAAAGUGACCAUGAUGAUAUUGAGGAUGAACUUAAGUCACAAAUUGAAGAAGAUUUACAUAUGAUUGAUAGUGAUCACGAGCAUUGA